AUGUAAGAAGCCUGAGAUCUGGAUUGUGUAUAUAACAGACGUCAGCCGAGGACUUCAAACUAUUAGUGACCCUACACAAAAAGACAUUCACACGAGCCUAUCUCAACCUCUAUUUUACAAUUACCACUUGCUACGAAGACUAGAAUAGAUAGUCAAUUGGCCAGACUCAAGAUGCGCUUCACAACCCUCGCAACCAUCGCUACCAUCUACAUGCUCAAGCCAGCUGCGGCGAGCUGGUCAUUACGGUUCUAUGAAACCGGCUGUCCAACCGAGGGUGAUAUUGGAGACUCGGUAGCUUUGACAGCUGGGGAACCGGACGACGAGUUGUGGUGCAUACCUGCCAACGCAGCGCACAACGUUGUAGCUACGAACAUCGCGGCAGACAAUAUGAAGGUCACACUUUUCACGGAUACGAACUGCAUGCAUGUUAUCACCGAUUUCGAAACGGAUGGUUGCAAGGUCAUUCCCAAAGAUGUAAGCUUCUCCUUCCUCGCCGCUGACUAGCUCUACUCCUAUUCAUCGGACGCUGA